ACCACCAGCUGGUGUGUUGGUCUGCAGUUGCCUGAAUGCAAGAGGCACUAUGCAAAGGACGUGUGGAGGUACAGCUAAGAGAAAAUCACUAGAUUCCUCUGAGCAGAUUCAAUGGGAGAAAGAAGAAUUAGAUGAUCCUGAGACUGGAGCUCUUUCCAUACCUGAUGUCAUACUGGAAGUACAACAAGAGUGUUUUUAUGUAAACCGUCAACAACUGGCCAUGCAGAGCCCCUACUUCAGGGCACUGUUCUUUGGCCAUGGAAUUGAGAGCACCAAAAACAGAGUGGUGAUUAAAGGAGUAAAUCUGAAUCAUUUUAAAACUUUGUUAGAAUACAGUAGGAGGUCCAUUUUACCUCUGGACAGAGACAAUGUUCUUGGGAUCCUCGAAACAGCAGACUUUCUUCAACUGGAGCAGGCACGGCUACUGUGCUGUAAGUUUCUGGAACGAGAACUACACCUCAGUAACUGUCUGGGUAUGAUGGCCUAUGCCUGGCAGCUGGGCUGCUCACAGCUGUACAGGGCAGCACGACAGGUGGCCCUGACUCACUUCUCUGCUCUCACCACUGAUGUAGACUUCCUGUCUUUGUCCAAGGACUCUGUAGCAGAUCUACUGGCCAGUGAUGAUCUUACCAUUAUGAAGGAUGACUUGGUUCUGGAUGCUACUUUACGAUGGGUGUCAUUUGACCCAAAAAGGGAAGAACACUUCUUGGAGCUCAUUGAGCUUGUGAGGCCAGAAUGUCUGUCUGUUCAGUUUAUCACUGAACUGUUGAGUCACAUGAAGAGCUCAGACCCCAGAGCCAAGCUAAUCUGUACUCUAAAUGAACACUUCCCAGCCUCCUGGUCAGUGGGUAGAUCACUGCGGAGAACCAGAGGGAGAGAGACCCUCUUUGUGUUGGGUGGUCCACAUGAUCAGAACACACAGGCUCUCUACCAGUUUCACCCUCUGAGUGGGCGAUGGCAGAGCUGUGCCCCUCUGGAGAGAAGGAACCUCACUCAGUAUUCAGUGGCAGCAGUAGGAGAUAGUGUGAUUGUCACAGGUGGAUAUUUCAGAGACGUGCUGUGGUUCAGUGUGGACUGGGUGCUUAUUUAUAACAGUUUAAACCAGCGGUGGACAGAGGGCCCAGCGCUGCAGAAAUCCAGACACAGUCACUGCUCUGUAGGACUGGACCAUGUGCUGUAUGUGAUUGGAGGCUCCAUGGAUGAGAGCCUGGUGAAUGAUGUGGAAAGACUGGUCCUUGGCUCAGAGGGAUGGAUGUCUGUUAGCCCAAUGAUCCGGGCAGUGGAGAGGGCUGCAGCUGCUGCUCUGGGCUCUAACCUCUAUGUGGCCUGUGGCCUAGAUGAGAAUGGAGAGGCUUAUGGGGGAGUCCAGAGGUAUGGGGUGGAACAGAACCAAUGGGAUGUAGUGUCUUAUUCUCCCUAUCCAAGAUAUGACCUAGUUGCCACAGAGAUGAAUGGCGCCCUUUACUUAUUUGGAGGCUUUGCUCUGCGCUUUGAUGUGGACACAGAUGAGUGGACUCUGCUGGAGGAAGACUGCCUGGAAAAGAAGUUCUUCAGUGGUUGCACCACUGUCCUGGGACAAAUUUAUCUUGUCAGCGAGAAGAAGGGCAACAGAGCAUUUCCAAACAUGGUGCUGCUGGACCCUUACAUAGACACAUGCACUGAAGUUGAUAACAGCAUACCCUGCCCUGUGCCAAUCAGAGGUUGUGUCACAAUGAAGGUUACUUCUUAAAAUAAUUCAAAAUAUUU